AAUUCAUGACGGAUCAUCCAAGUAGGUGGUGCUUCAGUCUGGUGUCUUUAGUGUUCGGAUGUUCGGUCGGACUGGGUCAUACACGACCACACGUGAUUUGCUGUUUUUCCGCGAAGGAACUGGUGAACCUUGAGAAUAAGAAACUGGGAAACCGAUCUUAUAAACUGGGCGAUUUGACCAAUUAACCUUACACCAAUUAACCUACUGCUUAGUGCAUACUUUCUGGCUGCACUUAACUGAGGUGCGGGGAAGGAAAGAAGGGGGCACCAAAAAAAGGCACGGACCGACGCCCCUGCAUAUGCAGCCUCGGCAGAAACGUAAAAUGUUGUGGAAUCACAGCUGAAUUGGAGCUCAGCUCUAUGCUUCAAUCGUUCCUUUUUCACAGAAAUAACUUCAUAUCGUCCACGUUCAAUUGAAGGCCAAAGAAAGAUCUUGUCACGAUGACUUCGAAUACGAUUGAUAUUAUCGCUCCAAUCGUGACUCCAUUACCUGAUCCUCCUGAAGGUCAAUACUUCACGGAUUUACAAUGGAGUACAUUAAUGGCCAUAAUGGACACUGUGAUUCCUUCAAUUCACAAGGCUUCAGCUACAAAUGAUCCAUCCAGUCAGCUUUCUGUUCCCGAUGAACAAUACAAUGAUGCUGUAACUUAUGUGCGAACAACCAUUUCAUCGCCACCUUCAGAUGAAGCAUUAGAAGCAUAUCUCAACGAAAAACCUUCCGAUAUUCCAGCCUUUCAAGAUAUCCUCCUUCGUACUUUGACUAUAUACGCCAGGGAGGAUGCUCGUAAAGUCCUGGGCUUUAUUCUCACCACACUCAAUACUCGUCUCGGUUCAUUAAUGCUCACAGGCUACGCCUCACCCCUACAGUCUCAUCCAGUCAAUAUACGCCAAUCUGUUCUUACCAAUUGGCGCAAUUCGUAUUUCUUUCCCCUUCGAGCUAUCGCCAAAACAAUGUCAAUGUUAGGUAAACACAUUUGGUUGAAAACAUCGCCAAAUUUCGAUAAAGUCACGGGAUUUGCAAAAAUUCCUGAUCAUUAUAAACCAGGACCUCAUUAUGGCUAUGAGUUUUUACAAUUUACGGCGAGUGAUGAACCACAAAUUAUUGAGACGGAUGUCGUAAUUAUAGGGAGUGGAUGUGGAGGUGCAGUUUGUGCGAAGAAUCUGGCGGAAGAUGGACACAAGGUUUUGGUAGUGGAGAAAUCCUAUUAUUUUUCCCCUUCACACUUACCAAUGUCCGAAGAAACUUCAGGAGUACAUCUUUUUGAAAAUGGAGGCGUGAUAAUGAAUGAUGAUUCCAGUAUGUCCAUUACGGCAGGAAGUAGUUGGGGGGGCGGAGGGACUGUUAACUGGAGCGCGAGUUUACAAACUCAAGAUUAUGUGAGAAAGGAAUGGGCUGAGGAUAGAGGUUUAAAGUUUUUCGGUUCGACGGAUUUCCAAGAAUGUUUGGAUAGGGUUUGUGAGAGAAUGGGUGUUAGUGCAGAACAUAUAAGGCACAAUCAUGGAAACCAGGUGUUACUGGAGGGUUCAAGAAAGUUAGGAUUCAAUGCGAAAUCUGUACCACAAAAUACUGGAGGGCAUGAACAUUAUUGUGGACAUUGCUCAAAUGGAUGUGGAUCUGCACAAAAGCAAGGACCAACUGUUUCUUGGCUACCUGAUGCUGCAAAGGCUGGUGCAGAGUUCAUUGAAGGGUUCAAGGUUGAUCAUGUUAUUUUUGAUGAAGUGGAUGAAAAGAAGGCAGUUGGAGUAAAGGGAGUUUGGACUUCUAGGAAUAGUCAAGGUGGUGUUGAUGGUCCUUUGUCCGACAAAACAGUUCGAGAAGUUAUUGUCAAGGCGAAGAAAGUUAUUAUAUCAACUGGUACUCUUUGGACUCCUGUUAUAUUAAAGAAUAGUGGUCUUACAGUGAGUUUUGGUUACUUUCUUCCAUCUUGAGGCUCCACUAAUGUGUUUUAUAGAAUCCACAAAUAGGAAGAAACUUAUAUCUUCACCCGGUCAGCAUGGUCGGUGCCGUAUUUCCUGGAGACGUGAGACCAUGGGAAGGUAUGACACUUCAGUUUCCAAAAUCCUUUCUCAAAAAUCCUUACUAACAACCUUACCACAAGGUGGAAUUCUCACCAGCGUCUGUACCUCCUUUGAAAACCUUGACUCACACGGCCAUGGCGUCAAACUCGAAGCAACGUGCAUGAUGCCAUCCCUCUGCAUCUCCACCCUUAACUACCCAACCGGCUUCGAAUCUAAAUUCAAAUCUCUCCUUUACCGUCACAUGAACGUCUUUAUCUCAAUCGCUCGAGAUCGUGACACCGGAGUUGUAUACCCUGAUGCUAAGACUGGUCUUCCACGAAUUUCAUAUACACCAAGCGAGUUCGAUAGAGAUCAUAUAAGGCAAGGCGUACUCGCCUUGACAAAAAUAUGCUACGUAAGUGGUGCGAAGGAAAUUCACGUCACAGCUUCAGGCAUCAAUCCAUUCAUUCGAUCUCCCUCUUCGCUUUCAACUAAUUCAAAUGAUCCCUCAUCCGACCCUGCAUUCCAAACCUGGCUCACAACCCUCUCUAACACCUCUACCAAACCUCCACUAUCUCAAUUUGCAUCCGCGCAUCAAAUGGGUACUUCUCGCAUGAGUACUCGUCCUGAAAAUGGAGUCGUAGAUCCGAAAGGAAAGGUUUGGGAUACGGAAAAUUUGUAUGUUAGUGAUGCGAGCGUUUUCCCUAGUGCAAGUGGUGUUAAUCCUAUGAUUACGAUUAUGGCGAUUAGUGAUUGGAUUAGUAGGGGUAUUACCCAGGAAUUGAAUGGGAAUAUUGGUGAAGAGAAGGUUGAAGAAAGAGCGAGGUUGUAGAUUAUGGGAUUUAAAUUGUUGGGGACUUACCGGAUUGAAUUGGGAAUUGAUUACGAGUCGAGGAAUUUGGGAGAGGAGCCUAUUUCGUAUGGUUAGGUGUUGGGGGUAUUUCUUUUUAUGGAUUAUGGACUAUGGAAUUAUUUGCGCAUGAAUCUAUCAAUUGAUGAUACAGAGCUUAAUACUGAUAUUUCUUAUUACUCAUUACUCAAUUCUCACUACUCAUUAUUUGCUCCUCAAUUCUAAAAACUCAAACAUCAACUUUUCACUUCAUGGUCUAUAUACAAGUCCAUGAAAUCCAUGUUAUAUUACAGAAUAGAUCCUACUCCCCUCAGUAUAACCA